AUGAUGGGCAACGACUUGGCUUUGAUUGACACACUCCUGCAUCAGCUAUCCACAACGUUUAAAAUCAGGGACCUGGGUACACCCAACUUCUUUUUAGGGAUUGAAACAGUGCCCUCGGGAGACAGUCUUGUUCUGUCGCAGCGCCGCUAUAUGAAGGAUAUCCUGACUAGGUCAGGGGCUCUACAAUAUCUCACCAUCACAUGGCCCGAUCUCUCCUACUCGGUUAAUAGACUGUGCCAGUUCAUGCACUCUCCGACGGAUGACCACUGGGCAUUACUUAAGCGUGUUCUGAGGUAUAUAAAAGGGACUCAAGACUAUGGGCUUCAUUUAUCUGCGUCGUCAGCUUCUGAUCUACAUGCAUAUACGGAUUCGGACUGGGCCGGUUUUCCGGUAGAUCGUAAGUCCACUAGUGGAUACGCAGUGUUUCUCGGGGAUAAUCUUGUGUCAUGGGUUUCUCGCAAGCAGCGUACAGUCGCCAGGUCAUCCACCAAAGCCGAGUACAAAGGGUUGGCCGAUGUUUCAACAGAGGUUACGUGGAUUAUUUCUUUACUGCGUGAGUUAGGGUUACACUCCGGCUCCCCUGCCACGCUAUGGUGUGAUAAUUUAUGGGCUACCUACCUAGCAGCCAAUCCGGUCUUCCACGCCCGCACUAAACAUGUUGAAAUUGAUUAUCACUUCGUUCGAGAUAAGGUGGCUUCUGGGGAUUUCAUUGUUAGUUUCGUCUCUACCAAGGAUCAGCUGGCAGACAUCUUCACCAAACCUCUACCAGCACCACGUUUUCAGGCUCUACGAGACAAGCUCAAUGAGAUAUUUGUGGUAGCUUUCCUAUAG